AUGUGUCAGCGUGGCGCCCUCAAAGUCGCCAUAACUGAGAACUACCCCCAGGUACUUGAUGGAGGACACAAUUGGCAGAUGGUGCGGCUUCCCGUUGGGGGCCGGGAUAAGAAGGACUCUGCCAUCGGGGGUGUCCAAGGUGUGUCGACGUAUCCAAAGGCGCGCUUGCCUUCCCCUAAGCGCGAGGACCACUUUGGUCUUCUAUGGCUGGACUUGCAGUCCGAGCGCUUCCAGCAGCUGAAAGCUCUGACUGACAGCCUGCAUGAGCAGAUCCAGGUCCUUUCUGGCGUACACCUCCCAGGUUUCCAGGAGAUCGUCCGCAUACAUAGUGACAAGGUCGGUGACCCAUUGGGUGCCGCAUUUCUCCGCGAGGGCACGCAGUAA